GGAGUCUUUUACAUUAGAACUUGGCGGUUCUAACAGUCAUUGUUAUGACCCCUAUAUAUUUCGAUAGUUAUAUUGUAUGGCUGAUUAUUUUUCUUUUUAAAAUUAUAUUAUAAAAAGUGUAUCAAAAUAUUAAGUGCAGAUAAGUGUAAUAAUGUAAAAAAUUCAAUCAUAUGCAAUGAAUGUUUAUCAAUUAGGUUAAACCUAAAUACUAUUAAGCUCGCUUUUCGAAUCCCCUCCUCGUUCCGAAGAACGCCUUAAGAAGUAUACUAAAGAAGAAAAUAAUUCUUGAAAAACUUAAAUAAGUGUUUUUCAGAUAAAUUUAUCAAAAAUAAACAAAAUGUUAAUAGUCUUUGAGUAAAAUGAAGUACUCGAGCAUGCAAGGAGAUGUGUACGAGGUAGGAGGUUUGCCUCAAAACCGUCUCCCUGAUAAUUUGUAUGAAAACAUGAUGACAGCUGCUAAUGAAAACGUAGAAUUGGCUUGUGAAAAUUCUCAUGAAGAAAGUUCUAUGGUUUCUAAUCUUCCACUUUUGUUUGCUGAUGGUUAUCCAACAUCUUUGGAAAAAAUAACAUUGACACAAUUAGAAAAUUUUAUAACAUUUAUGGUUCAGUGUUCAUUAGGACAUGAUUUUAAUGAAGUUAUAACUGAACCACAAUGGUGGCCUAAAGAAGUAAAAUUUUCUAAUCCUUUAAUACGACCUAAAAAGAUGACAGAUAAUUGGAUGGCAAAUCUAAAGAAGUUAGUGUUCAGAUGUUAUACAUAUCACAAAAGUGAAUAUUUAUUACGUUUUUGUUCAUAUCUUGCUCAAUAUCCACAUGAAGAAUUAGAAUAUGUUAAUAAUUGGGAUUCCACUACUAGUUUGUAUCAUAAAAGUACUGGAAAACUUUUAGUAACAUUCCGCAAUGAGAAUAUGAAUUAUGAUAAAAAGAAUGACAGUCCAAGAAAAACAUUGCUCUUUCAUAAUGGAAUUAUAUCCAAUUUUGCAAAUAAAUCAAAACAACAAACACAAUCUUUUAUGAUGGUUCAACCACCUUGUGAUGACAUAUAUCUUUGUGAUAAUUGUGAUGCUGAAUUUAUAGGACUUGAAAAAAUGAAGGAACAUGAGCUGAUUUGUUGUGAGCAACAAUAUCAUGAAACUAACAGUUCACGUUCGACCACACCAGACUUAUCCACCAUAAAAUCUGAAUCAAGUCAAAAUCAGUUUUUGGAAUACUUUCAAUUGUGUUCGAGAGAAAAAGAAUGUAAAGCAAUUGAAUCAAAUAAAAGUGAAGCAAUUAAUAUGUGUAUAGCAACCAGAACUUCACCCCGUGUUAGAGGAUCAAUUAAUUUAACAAAAUAUCGAGCAAUUCCAUUUUCUUCACCUGCUGGUAUAAUAUUGGCAAAAAAAUCAAAGACAAUGACUGAAGAAACACAGCAAGAACGAUUAGAAAGAAUAGAAAGACAUGUACUUGCACCUCCCAUAACAAGUUCAUUUAGACCAAAAUGGUUAGAUAAAGAGGAUGACCAUGAUAGGUGGUUAACAACAUACAAAUCCAAUCGAGAUAAACCAAUUAAUGACUAUGUACAUCAAUAUAAGUUCUCUGAUUCUUUAAAAGGAAAGCCAAUGUUGGAUAUAAAUUCACAAAUUCUAUAUGCUGCUUGUCGACCCCUUUAUGUUAUUCUCACGCGAUUAAACCAAACACAAAUAGAAGAGUCCAAGCGAAAUUCUCUUAAACAUUCAAGUUCUGCCAUAAAACCAUUAUAUAAAAAAGCUGGACCAGCAUCGAAAACAAAAUUAAAACAAUAUGAAACCAAUUUGAUGUUAAAAUCUAAAAUAUCAGAAGAAACAGAACUUGAACCAAUGAUAAUAGAAGAAGAAUCUAUGCCAACAACACAAUUAAAAAGAUCCGUUACAUCUGUUAAUUAUUAUUCUGAAAACAGAUUUGUCAGUGAAGACAAAAUAAAAGAAAUGGUACCAUGUUCAGUAACACAGAAAUCAAUUAUGGUUAUUGAUCUUUGUUCAUCUGAUGAAGAAGAAAUUUCGACCGUACAUACAUUUAAUGAGAAUCGGGACCCAAUGAAUUCUUUAUUCAAAGAAAAUUUAUUACCAAAUCUAUCAACAAAUAAAGUUUGUUCAAAAGCUUGCAUUUAUCCUGCAAAUUCAACAAAUCAUUGGUUAAUGCAAAAUAUCUUUAGUGAAGAUAAUGAAAACCACGUAAACAAAUGUCACAUUGGUGGUGUUUUAGACGCAUGUAUUCAACUUUCUCCAAUACUAAGACCAGCACCAUGAAACGUAACAAAUAGGAUAUUUUAAUUUUAAUUGCAUUAUGUUAUCAAUAUUUAUUGUUUAUUCUUCAUAUGAAAAAUAUGGUAACAAACAAAUACUCCUUGUUAUAUCAACAUUGAUUCCACAAUACUUUUUACAAUGAUAGUUUAAAGAAUAUAUUAUCACUUACAGCACUGGGGUAUAUAUAUUACAAAUGUAUAUAAUAGGAGUGAUAUUUAUCAUUAUCCUGAAUCAUAAAAAUUUUUUAAUCAUUGUAAAAUUUUGUUACCUGUUUGUAUAGAAAGUUAACAACGUAAUAUUGGAAAAAGUUUAAAAAAAAAAAAAAAAAAAAAAAAAAAAAAAAGAAAAAGGAAAAAAAAAAAGAAAAAAAAAGUACUAAUUUCUUUCUCCGAACUAAGAAAUGACAUAUAAAUAAAUUAUUGUUGAUUUCUGUUAUACCAUGAUUACUUGUAUAUACAAGUAUAGUUAUAUUAUUAUACAAUAAGUGAAUAUUAAAAAUGUACAUAGAAUAACGAGUAAUAAUAGCGCCUGAUAAUGAUACUUUUUAUUUUUCUCCUUAUUUUAUUAUAAUCAAUGUUAUUGUAUGCACAUUUUUGGACGUACCCGUUAUGCGCUAUUAUUGUUUCUCGUUAUGCUAUUAUUAUUUGAAUAAAGAAUAGACUAUUUAUGAAGUUUUAAUGAGCAACGAUAAUCUUAAACUUAAAUAAAUUAUAAAUAAAUGUUAGUAAAAAA